UCCUCCUCAUUCACCAGUUUGAUUUUUACCAGUUAGUGAUGAGAUGCUGCCCUCACCAGCCCACCGAGCCCACAAAAGGCCAUAAUUUCCUUGUGGUCUUAGGAGAUAACCUAAAUAUGAGUUCUGGCUGCCUUGUUUAUUGAAUUUAUCAGAAAGAGGAUUCGCGCAUGGCCGUAUUUCCCAUUGCAUGAGUUUUUGCAUGGUAGUGAGAGAUGGGCGUGGCUCCAGGCUCUGUGAAGUAGUUUGUGUGCCAUUUUGUUUAGUCCAUUCCUUUGGUUUACUUUCAUUUGGUGUUGUAAAGCAAGGAAGUAACACUAAAUCUCAGGUGUUUUUAGCAGUGCUGACAGUUAGGUUAUGAUGGCCACCAAGGAAGGGACGGCGGCCGGGGAGCGUGAUGAUUCAGGGGUGGAGGUGCGAGUUAUUGGGCAUCCUAUUGGAAAAGGCUUAUUUGCAACUAAAAACUUCAAGACUGGAGAUGUCAUAUUUGAGGAACGUCCACUUGUGUCUUGCCAGUUUUUAUGGAAUGCUGCUUAUGGGUACCUGGCCUGUGACUUCUGUAUCAAGCCCUUGGAAGCUGCUGAAGAGAAUGCCAGCAGGCUAGCACAGAACCCUCAGCUUUCCCUACCCUUUCCAGAGUGCUGUGACACGAAGAAAGACACCUUCAUUGAAUGUCCCUACUGUGAUGCAUCAUACUGUAGCAGAGAAUGUAGAACCAGUGCUUGGAACCAGUACCAUGAGACACUGUGCUUACGCUCCUAUAUGCCAGAUCCCUCCCACCCUCUAGUAAUGCUGCAGGAAGCAUGGAAACAGAUGCAUUACCCUCCAGAAACAGCUUGUGUCAUGCUCCUUGCGCGGAUCAUCGCAACUGUUCGACAAGCUACAGACAAAGAAGGAGCCAUGGCUUUAUUUAUGCAGUUUUGUCAUCGUACUGUAAAUGAGGAAGAAGAAAUAGCUCACAAACUUCUUGGUGAGGAGUUUCAAGACCAGUUAGAGGCUCUGAGGACUCUAAUGGAGAAGAGUGUCUGGGCUCCUGAGGUCCGGCACUGGUUAACACCUGAAGGCUUCCGGUCCUUGGUGGCUCUUGUUGGCACCAAUGGUCAAGGCAUCGGUACCAGUCCAUUAAGUCGGUGGGUUCGUAACUGUGAUAACCUGGACUUGUCAGAGGAAGAGAGGAAAAAAUUAAACAAAUUAAUUGAUAAUGUAUAUGACCAGCUAGAGAAAGAAGCUGGAGGAUUUCUCAACAAUGAAGGAUCUGGACUAUAUCCACUGCAGAGUUCAUGCAACCACAGCUGUAACCCAAAUGCCAUGCCAACCUUCCCCUACAACAACUUCCAGCUAGUGAUGACUGCCGUGAGAGACAUUUCUGUAGGGGAGGAGAUAUGUGUCAGCUACUUGGAUGAAUGUAAUCUUGGCCGCAGCAGACAUUCUCGCAUUGCCAUCCUCAGAGAAAAUUACCUCUUCACCUGUAAGUGCAGCAAGUGUGAAGAGCAGGCAGGAGAACCAGAUGUCACCAGUGAAGAAGAAAUGGAGGAAGGUGAAGAUGAUGAUUUAGAAGAUUAACAAAAGAACUGCCACACCAGCCAAGGUAGUAGUGAAACUAGUCCUAUGAAGUGGAGCUGGUAGACCACAAGAUCUCCACUCAUUAGCAGCAAUGGGUUACCAAGGAAUGAACACUAAAUUAAAGGCGAUAGUAUUUUA